CGCAGCCACCCUGUCCCUCCAGUCAUGAACCAGUCACAGGGCAGAACUCGCUAGUAUUUUGCUCUUAAAAGGAAUGUAAAUGUCUGAGGACAAGGAAGCCCAGGAGGAUGAGCUGCUCGCUUUAGCGAGCAUCUACGAUGAGGAGGAGUUCCACCAGGCAGAGUCGGCUCAGGGGGGCGAGAUCCAACUCUGUCUGGAGCUCCCUCCGGACUUCAAAGUGGUGGUCAAAGGGGAGAAGCAAACGGAAUAUAUCGUCUGCUUCUUACCUCCUUUGGUGCUCAACUUCGAGCUUCCUGCAGACUACCCCUCCACGUCUUUCCCAGUCUUCACUCUCAGCUCUAAAUGGAUGACGAGAGCGCAGAUGAGCUCUCUGUGCAGACGUCUGGAUGAGCUGUGCGAGGAGAACCAAGGCUGCGUGGUUCUGUUCACGUGGAUCCAGUUCCUCAAAGAGGAGGCUCUGGGCUUUCUGGGCCUCCAGUCUCCUCUCGAAGUCAUCAAGGCGGGAAGUAAAGCAGGUGGCGAGCGCAGGAAAACCGACCCGGCAGCCACCGCGCUGACGCAGUGCGGGAGUCCUUGUGAAACCGCGGAGGAGAAGCAGCGAGAAGCAAAGAAGGAGAAGUCUCAGCCGCAGUUCUCGUUGUCUUCUCAAAUGGACCCGCGGGCCGUCUUGGUGAUGGACCCGCGAGCCGACCUCCUACCUCAGCUGCUGGACUUUGACGAGGAGCAGCGCCAGAAGGCGUUCGACGGCAAGGUGUUCGGCUGCGGGAUCUGCUUCGUGGAGAAGCUGGGCUCCCACUGCCUCUGCUUUAAGGAGUGCCAGCACGUCUACUGCAAGGCCUGCAUGACGGAGUACUUCCAGAUCCAGAUACGGGACGGCAACGUUCAGUGCCUUAAUUGCCCUGAGCCCAAAUGUACCUCCAUAGCCACGCCGCCGCAGGUGAAGCAGCUGGUGGACGAGGAGCUGUUUGCCCGUUACGACCGCUUGCUGCUCCAGUCCAGUCUGGACCUCAUGGCCGACGUGGUCUACUGCCCCCGCCUGUCCUGCGCCACCGCUGUGAUGGUGGAGCCGGACUCGACCAUGGGGAUCUGCUCGGCUUGCCAGUAUGCCUUUUGUACACUGUGCAAGCUGGGCUACCACGGCCUCUCCCACUGUAAGAUCCCUGCAGAGGAGUUGCGUAACCUGAGAGACGAGUACCUGUCGGCCACGGCGGUGGAGAAGAAGUUCAUGGAGCAGCGCUUUGGGAAGAGGGUGAUCCAGAAAGCUGUGGAAGAGUCCUUCAGCAGAGACUGGCUCAAAGAGAACUGCAAAUGCUGCCCACGCUGUGGGACCAAUAUACAGAAAGCCGACGGCUGUAAUAAGAUGACCUGCACCUCCUGUAAACAAUACUUCUGCUGGCUGUGCCUGGGCCUCCUCAGCAAAGUCAACCCGUACAGCCACUUUAACAACCCACAGUCGCCCUGCUACAACCAACUCUUCCAAGGUGUAGAUCUUGAUGAAGACGAUGCCUUCUGGAGCGACGAGGAAGACUGACCCACCCCCCCCCCCCGUGCAGCCCCUCCCUGCUGCGACGCUCCAUUUGAAUGCACUUUAUCUCCCAUAACCACCGCUUCACCUGUGACACUAACUAUGCCUGUAUCAGCACAUGUUGGGGUCUGAUCGGGCCUCUUGGGUAUAAAACAUUCAACGUCUGGUGUGUAAGUGGUUCAUACUUCACAUGCGACAGGUUUCAUGUAUAUAACGACUUCGGGAAGGGCAGGAACAGUUAUCUCAAGAGAGUAAUAGAGAAACAAAUGUCGGUAAAAGCAACUUAAAAACACAUCGAGGAUACCUUGUUAGUGGUAGUGAAUCUUUUUGAUAUGACAAUGUCAUAGGACUGUUAAUUUACAACACAAAAGAGAAAAACAAUCUGUAAAUCUCUUUAUUGUCUUCUAGAUUAUGUCUACUCCUUAAUUUGACUUUUUCAUGAUGCGUUUCGACAUUCAAGGGCUUGUAAUGAAAAGUCUUCAUAUUCAUAAUCUACCAGCUGACUGUCAACAACAAGACACACGGCCAUCGAUCAUCGAUACAGGAUCAAUAUAUAGAUAGAGGAACACCUUUAGAUUAAUAUCUCAGACUUAAUUACAGAAAUACUAAGAAAUACGCAUCAACAUUUAUUCCAUCUUUUGUCGGGAUGUUUUCUUUCUUCUUUUUUUAUUUUUUUAGUGGAAAAUUGUUGGGAUUAAUUUACAUAAAUGCACCUUUUGCACUUCAUACGAUUUGAAAUCAGGCAGGUUGUUUUUUGGGGGGGUUUCAUAAUGGUUCGAGUCGCUUGUAUCUCCCCGUGUAACGUAGGACGGUGGUGGUCUCUGAUUGGUUCCUGGGACUGAGUGUGUGUGUUGGGAAUGAUCUCUGACUCGUUCAUAGCAUUCUUUGCACAACUUGUUACUUGAAUGUUGCCAAAGUGAAGUGUCAAAGAGAGGCCGAUCAUGUCUGGAGAUACAAACAUAUAUUUGUACGAUGUUUAAUUUAUUUUCCUUUAAUUUUUGUGAUGCAUUUGAUCAGAAAGGAGUCUCGUCUGAUAGGAAAGGGUUAAAGCCGGCGUCUCACCUGCUCCUCGUCUACGUGGUGACAGAUCAGGCAGGUGUGGACUUAUGGAAAGACAACCUCUCUCUCUCUCUCUUCUCACUCUCUCUCUCUGGAUUCACUUCAUCUCUCAUGGGAGAAACAUUAUAAAUCAGGACCUGCAGACGUUAAAAUGCAUUCAGCUUCUAGAUUUUGUCUAAAUAAAUGUUCCCACUUCA